CCGAGCGUUAACUCAGUGGCUGAAGGCCUGUCGGUCUGGGAUACUCCUUGUCUCCUUCAUUUUAAUUUAUCCUUAAUUUUUACGUAAUAUGUGACGGUUCUAAACGUUAACUGACAUGACAGUUCAUCAUUUCCACUGAUCGCGUGUGAAUUUCUAAACCUUGUUUAAACGCGGCGCGUAAGUAGAUAUGGGCCUAUUGUCGCUGGACUGGGAUGGAUUCGCUGUGUGUCUAUUGGCUGUAGGCGUCUACGUCAACACCCUCGGCCACGGCUUUGUCUACGAUGACAAUCGAGCCAUCUUGACCAACCCAGACGUACAGGCCUCCAGCCAUCUCACCGACGUCUUCCACAACGACUUCUGGGGCACUCCCUUGUCUUCCUCCAACUCGCACGGUUCCUACCGCCCCCUGUGCACCCUCUCCUACCGCGUAAACCACUGGAUCUCAGGGUUCCAACCUUUCGGGUUCCAUCUGGUCAACAUCUUCCUCCACGGGCUCGCCACUCUCCUCGUCCUCGUGACGGGCAGAGGUCUACUCCCCGGCAGAGCCUCCAGCCUCGCCGCCGCCCUCUUCGCUGUCCACCCUGUCCACGUGGAGGCGGUCGCCGGACUCGCGGGUAGAGCAGAUGUCCUUUCUUCGGUGUUCUACCUGAUCUCGUUUCUGUGCUACCAAAAACACGUGAAAGUGCGCGACUAUGUUCUUUCAACAAAGUUACCAGUAACAAAAGAAGUUUUUGUGAGAAGUACAGUGACACAAAAAAGAAGUGCGUACCAUAAAAGGACGGAAGAAACGAAUUUUACUAAUGAAAAAUACGUGUUUAAUUUUAAAACUGUUUAUAGCAUACCUUUAUUCCCUAAAGGCGAAUCAGUUUAUUUUAGCCUUUUCUUGGUGUUUUCUGUCUGUGCAUUGCUGAGCAAAGAGCCAGGAAUUACUGUCAUACCAUUGGCAAUCUGCUAUGACAUUAUCCUGCAUCUUCGUUCAAAAAGACUACCCACACGAGGCCUUGGAGCAUUUUGCAGUGCCUCUGCAUCCUUGAUUUACUUCAGUUUGAUUCUUCUCUGCCGUCUAUACGUUAUGGGACUUCAUACUCCCAGUUUUUCUAAGGCUGACAAUCCAACGGCAAAAGAAGCGUCUAUUUUAACCAGAACCCUGACAUUUUUGUACUUGCCGGUCUUCAACUUUCUCCUACUAGUCUGUCCCAGGCAGCUUAGUUUCGAUUGGUCCAUGGAUGCCAUUCCCAGGAUAACCUCCCCGUUCGACAGUCGUCUACUUCCGACUGCCUUGUUCUACUACAUUUUAUACUACACUGUACACAGCUGCGUGCGGCACUACCGAAGUAAACAUCACAAGAGUGUCAUGAAACGCCAGUGCUGCAAAGUCUGCAAACAGAAUCCCGAGGAGGAUCACCACACCAUCUGCAAGAUCGUGAACAACAACAACCUCCCCGCUAGCUGUCACUGUAAGAACUCUUCAAACCAAACCUUGUCUAAGAAUUCGAUCGUAACGAUGUGCCUUGCUUUUAUAAUUCUUCCUUUUACUCCGGCGACUAACUUGUUUUUCUACGUGGGUUUCGUGGUGGCCGAGAGGGUUCUGUACCUUCCGAGUGUGGGAUUUUGUAUGUUGGUAGCCCUUGGUGCGCAUGCGCUGUGGAAUCACUACAGAAACUUUGUUCUUGGCGGUAUCCUUCUUCUACUAGCUGUUCUCUCGGCACGUACUUUUCAACGGAAUAGAGAUUGGGCCAGUGAAGAAAGCCUUUAUAGAUCAGCUGUUCACAUAAAUCCCUCCAAAGCUUACGGCAAUCUUGGGUCAAUCUUGAGCACGGCAGGACGCCUAGAGGAGGCUGAGACCGCUCUGAGACGUGCUCUAGAACACAGGCCCAAUAUGGCAGAUGUCCACUACAACUUGGGUAACCUAUUGAAUCGUCAACAGAAAUUUAAUGAAGCGUUGAUCAACUACCAAUAUGCAAUUCAAUACAGACCAUCUUUGGCAGUGGCGCACCUGAACCUCGGCCAAGUGAUGGAGACCCUGGACCGCUGGGAAGAAGCGGAAGAAGUUUACCGCAAAUGUUCUCAACUUGACGUCACCGGACUGAAAGAUCCAAGGUCACAUGAAGAGGCAAGAGCAGCCUGCCUCCGCCAGCUGAGUCGCCUGUGUGACGAAAGAACAUGCCAGCCGGAAGUAGUGCACUUUUUAAAACAACAGAUAAAAUCCCAGAACAGCUUAUUAAAUACGAGAGGUCAUUCUUCAUCUUCAAGACUAUCGUUUAAUUCCAUUACUUCGGAAGACAACAGGAGGUCAGAAGGCUACACGAAGCUUGCCGCUUUAAACAAAACAAAGGCCUCAGAAUCGGAGGAAUUGUUCCUUAGAGCCAUACAGAACUCGCCGGACGAUCCUGCAGCCUACGUAAACUAUGGGCAGUUGUUGGUCCAGCUGGGGAAGGUGGUUGAGGCGGCGGGGGUUUACCUGAAGGCGGCAGAACUUGCCCCCCGCCAACACGCCUUGGUGACCAGUGCGGCCAUCGCUCUCAGACAAGCCGGCAGGUUAGCCGAGGCCGAGGUCCUGUACCGGCAGGCCCGAGACCUGAAACCAAAUGACGCCACAAGCCACAGUAACUUGGGCGCCAUAUUCCACCUCCAGGGUAAGUACCGCCAGGCGGCCAGUUGCUACAGAGAGGCCCUGAGGCUCGCCCCCGGGGACCACAUAACAGUCACCAACCUCCACAAGCUGAGAAACCUGUUGGCCAGGAACAAGAGGUGAUAACAACGGACGUGCUGAUACUACUACUACACGACACACGUGACGUACGAUUCUCUAGUCAAGCCGUAAGGGAAUCUGCAUGGAAGAGAAAAGAGAUUAUCUGUUGAUAAAUCUCAUAAAAUACAACUGCCAUGUAAAAUGGAGUCAAGAGAAAAAUAAUUUCUUAUUUAUAAUUGUCGUACAUCGAAUUAGCCACAAACACUGACCUUUCAAGACAAAUUUUAACAAUGAUUGUUUAAGUUUAUAAAUUAAAGGAGUUACUAAAAUGUAGUAGUCCAAUACAACGGGAAAAUUAAUUUCAUUAUGAAGUGGAAAAUUAAAUACUUCCCUUUUAAUUUCUAAAAAUGGGAUAUUGUACUAUUGUAAAUAGUCUAAAUAAUUUUGUUAAUUAAAUCACUUUUACCAUUUAUAAGCAUUAGGACAUUAAAUCAUAACACGUAUGUUUGGAUAUGCUGCAUCCAUAAGAAAACAUGGUUUUAAAUGAACAGUUUACAGAAGUUAAAUAAUGUAUAACUGCAAUAUUGUAUCAAACAUUACAGGUGGAAUCCAAGACUUAUCCAUGGAAUCUAUUUACUUAAAUUAUUACAGUUUAAACCUGUCAAAAUAUACUGCUUGCAAUUAAACAUAUUCGUUUUAAAUUUCAACCUACAUGUACGAAAGUAAAUCUUUUCACUUUUAAAAGUUAAAGUACAAAUCGAUAAUUAAAAAUCUGUAAAUAAUUUGUUGUUAAAACAGUGAUAUAACUUUUAGCAACUGUACAUUCUAAUGUAACGCAUCGAACAAACGCUUAACAUAUCGUCUGCUUUUUGAAUGAAAAUAAAACAAUAUUUUUAUAAA